CAUCCGGACAGAGUGUGUUCGGGGGUAGUACGAGCGACUUGUUUACUUGACUCACGUUCGGUUCAAGUUCCCUUCGGGUUGUUUUUUCGCUUUUCUCGGUUGGAAAAUGGGUCCUGGAAGGGUGUUCGUCGUCGUGGGAGUCUUGGCGCUACAGAUGAUCGCCCUGACGCAAGGUAUCAAAUGCUGGUUUUGCAACAGUAUGCUUGACCCCUUCUGCAGCGAUCCCUUCGAUAACACGACUGCCAACCCCAAAGACUGCAGCUUAGAAGAUGACCUCCCUCACUUGCGCGGGGUGCCAGCAACGAUGUGCCGCAAAAUUCGAAUGAAAGUCAACGGUCAUUGGCGCUAUAAGAGAGACUGCGCACGUCUGGGGGAGGCCGGAGUGGGAGGUGACUCUCGCUACUGUAUCUACCGCACCGGGACCUUCAACAUCCACAUGGAGUACUGCACGUGCAACGACAAGGAUGGCUGUAACCCUGCUCCCUAUACCCUGCCAAACAUUCCUCUCGUGUCCGUGGCAUCCAUAGGAGUGGUAACGGCCAUAGGGAGGUUAAUCGUAGGGUAGUGCCAUCCCCUGAGGCAGUUUUUGAUGGAUGAAGUCCUGCGUGAGGAUUUGAGAGAACUUGGGACUUUUAUAUGGUGAUGUUGGUUAAGUUUGAGAAAGUUUGUUGGGUUUUUCUUGAAGCUUUAACGAUGCUGUAUUUGCAAUUUUUUAUUUUUACAGAACUCAGUGAGUGAUAAUGGCUCUUGUAUGAAUGAAUGAUUUCUCUCUCUUUUUUUAUUAUCAUUAUUAUUAAUAUUGAUUAACUAAUUAAUUAAUUAACCCAUCACAGCUGGGUAACAGAAAUCCGUGAGCAUGAUAAAAGUGGCUAGACACUGGGCGCUGGAGUCCGCCACAGCAAGCAGAACAUCCUGCUCCAGGCACUUUAGGGCAUUGCUGCACGUACAGGCAUACCCUGCAGACCAAGUGGUUUGUUAUAUAUGUGACCCCACCUGUAAUGGGUUAAUUAAUUAAUAACGUUAAUGACAAAAAAAAAAUUCCAUGUGUUUUUGGUAAGGCUUUCAGUUGCAUUCAUUUGGAUACAGUAACUAUUUCAAUGCUACUUCGCCUUACACAAUAUUAUCCAAGCUUUCUCUUGGUGUCAAUGCAUAUGUCAUUACAUAUGAGAUAUUGAUGUUGAUGGUUAUCUCCUCACCAUGCCAGUGUGGAAGACGAGCCAGCUCAAACUCACCCCGUCCAUUACUUAUUUUCUAAAAUAGAAAAGAAAAGACAAAAAAAAAAUGGUGUCACAAUUUCUUCCCAUUUGUGAGGGAAACCUGUGCCAAUGUCUUAAGCAAUACAUCUUGCUCAUCUUCCUAAAUAUAAAUGUAUGAAUGAGUGUGAGUAAUUUCAUGGCAUAAUAUAUAUAUAUAUAUAUAUAUAUAUAUAUAUAUAUAUAUAUAUAUAUAUAAAUAUGUAUGUAUGUAUGCGUUAUGGAGUUUGAUUAAAAUGCCAUAAGUGCACAUUUCUGAUGAAGAUUCAGUUGAAAUGGAUCAAUUACAUCUUUUUUACUGUAAAAUUGUUUGUUCUCAAUUGUACCUUUUUUAACAUUUAUCACAAUGAACCAUGUUUAUACCAGAAUGAUUUUUGUAAGGGUAAAAACAAAUAUGGUUGAUACUGUCAUAUGCUUUAUUAUAUAUUUAAUAGAAAAUGGAAGAAAGAUGUGUUUUGUUGAAUGUUUUAUAAAAAGGUAAACAGGCAAGAGAAGGUUAUUUAAGGGGAUAGGGUUGGAAGUAUAGUUUAUUGCAUUAAUGAGAAAAUGCAAAGAGGGACUUCCCCCUUGGUCCUGUUAUGUAGGAUUUAUAGAGGGUAAUACACACAAAGGGAAGAGGAGGUGGAAUGGAUGUACAUACCAGCAAAGAGGAGGGAACUUUUAUAUUGCAUUCCACAAAACAAACAGGAGGUGGAAAAAAGUCUGAUGGGUGCAAGCUUUUUUUAUGGCACUGUUGAAAGGGUAGGAUUUUGUUAAUAUUGUUUGCAAUGUUUUGAAACUUCUUCUACACACUUAACAGUAAGAAAAUAUUUAAUCUAGCCGUGCAACAGGAAAAUUCACCAAAACAGUUUGAUUUUGUUACAAGUGUUAGCACCAUAUCUCUCAAGAACGAAGCUUAAGAUAGAAGAAAGCUAAGCACGUUUUUUUUACAAAAAGUUUCCACCAUCUUGGCAGAUUGCGAGUCAAGUGGGAAGUUAUGACCAACUAUAAACUUUGAACUAACAUAUUUUUCAAGGUGCAAACAGACUUUAGGUUUGCAAAGUAGUUUGUCUUUGAAAGUAAGUCAAAUAACAGACAGUUUUUUACUUGUAAAUAGCAGCCCUGGUGUGUGUAUGUGUAUAUAUAUAUAUAAAAAGGAAUUGCUAAUAGAGAAAUUUGAGGUGACAUUUUUGUUUUUGGUUUUAUAACUAUACUUGAGAGAUUUUUAAUUAAUGUUAUUUUGCUAAACGGACGCAGAUUAUGUAAAUGAAAGUAAUCAAUGAGUUAUGAUACGAUAAGCUAUAUUUAUUCAUAAAGGCAGGCGAUAGCAUCUUGCUUCAUUUAAAUGUUUUGGAUUUUACUUUUGUGAUAUUGAAUAUAGUAAUGUUUUCUUCUCCUACAGCAAGCAAACUCUUAAAUGCAAUGUGAUUUUUUUUUUUUUACUGUUAGAUGAAUUAAAAGCAUUUCUGUGUUUCAGCAUGCUUAUGACCGUUCUAAAGAGCUGCUUUUCAUAAUCUUCAAAAUAUUUAAGUACUUAUAAAAUACCAAAGCAUUCUUCACUUUCUCAAGCAUCUUCUGAUUAGGAGGAAUGAUGUUAAUUGCAAAUUAUAAAACCACAUUGGUUGUCGAGGACUUUGCCUUUUAACAGAUUAAGCUUCAUUCAUUCUGACUUGGAGUUUAAAGCUGGAUGUGAUAUUCGGAAAUAUAUAUUUCAGAUUUGAAGCUUGUGAUUUCUGUUUUUUUAUUAUUAUUAUUAUUAUUAUUAUUAUUAUUAUUAUUAGUCUGUUUUAGGAUAUAAAGUACCGAUAAGCAGGUCAUUGAAAAAAUUGAAUGAUAUCAGCCCAACUUUUAUUUUGUUUGAGUUGCAUUGGGACAGGUAUGCAUCAAAAGCUAAGAUAUAGUUAAUCUGUCCUAGAGUUAAAGAUGUAUUAGUAAGCCAUAUUUUGAGUUUAUAUAUUCAGCGUCAUUUAGUUACUGAUACUAAUUAUAAAGACGAAAUGUUUUCAGAAAAAUCUUAAUGAAAGAAUUUUGAAUUGAAAUACAGUUGUAAAUAAAAUUUACGUUUUUCUUUUUCUUCUUUCUCUUCUUCUUCUUCUUCUUCUUCUUCUUCUU